AUGAAAUUGUCUAGUUUCUUUAUUUAUUAUGUUUUUGCCACCACAUCUGUUGCAAUUAGUGUUACAAAAAGGGUUGAUCUUGGAUAUGUUGCUUGUAGCACAUUAUUGACACAAUUUUCCCCUGAUGGUGAACUUCAACCAUUCUGUGAUUUGUAUAAUCAGCCGGCAGUGGGUUCCAUGGCUUUCUGUUUAUUGAAAAGUUUUGGUUUCAAUGAAAAUUCGUAUUAUGAACCUUUUUUGAAUGCUUGUGGUUUGUCAGAAAGAGACUUAAUGUCAUCAUAUAAAAAUGCAACUAAAUACAUGAGACGAGGUUCUUCUAUUUCAGAUACCGGUUUCCCAAUUGCUACCCAACGUGACCAAGUAUUGACCACUCUUGAUCAGUUAUACAGAAGUGCUUUGAAUGAGAACUACAGUGUCUGGUAUGGUACUGCUUUGAUUGCCUACUGGGGAGUCGUUAUGUUAAUUGGUUCAUUAAACUAUUGGUCUCACUUUUUGUUCCCUUCUUUUGUUAAAGCUAUGCAUGGACCAAUUACCAACUGGAUCAGGCGUUUUUUUGUACUUUCUCCUACAUUCGGUCAUAGCCAUGCUUCUUCUUCUAAAAGAUAUCUAAAAGUCAUUCAGGCAUUUAUCCCAUUGAGAUUUGAAACUUUAAUUAUUCUAGGCUGGCUUGUUUUAUGUGCCGUGUUCUGUGGUACAUCUAUAUAUGCUUCAGAAGAUCAAAUGGCGUCUUUGCUUGUUGGAAACAGAUCUGGCCAAUUAGUGGCAUUUUCUAUCCCAUUAUUGAUAUUAUUUGGAGGAAGAAACAAUUUCAUGCAAUGGUUGACUGGUUGGCCAUUUGCAAGAUUUCUUGUGUUCCAUAGAUGGAUAGCAAGAAUUGUGUUUACCAUGUUGUUAGUCCAUGUCGGUUCCAAAACCAUCACAAUUAAAAGAUUUGGUUCCUUUCCUGGAUUCUUAUCUCAAAACUAUAUGAUAUGGGGUAUUGUUGCAAUGGUUGCAUGUGGGUUAUUAAUUGGUCAUUCAUGGCAAAUAUUCAGAAAUACAAACUACGAAGUGUUUUUAAUUGUUCACCAUGUUUUGGUAAUUAUAUUCAUUGCUGGUGGUUGGAUUCAUUCCCCAGGUAAUAAUCUGUAUAUAACUUAUUGUGCUGCUGUUGCUGUUUGGGGGUUUGAUAAGUUGAUACGAUUGGUAAGAGUAACCAGCUAUGGGGUCAAGAAAGCAAAUGUUGAAUUAAUUGCCAAUGAGGUAUUGAAGGUUACCAUUCCAAGACCACAGUGGUGGCGUCCAUUUCCAGGUUCAUAUGCUUAUAUUUAUUUCCUUAAACCAGCUUUUUGUUGGCAAUCCCAUCCAUUUACUUUGGUUGAUUCAGUGCAAGAGAACAAUACAUUGACAUUCUACAUCAAAGUAAAAGGAGGAAUGACCCAUGGUAUUUAUAAACAGUUACUGUGCACCCCUAGUCAAUGUGCUACAUUUAAUGUUUUGGUUGAAGGUCCAUAUGCAAGUCCACACUCGGGUAGAAAGUUUGACAAUUUGAUAUUGCUUAGUUCCGGUACUGGUAUACCUGGUUUAUAUUAUGCUGCUCUUGAUUUGAUAAGAAGAAAUGAUUGUGCAACCAAAAAAAUCAAACUUUAUUGGACUAUAAGAGAUGUGAAAUCUAUCAACUGGUUUAUGGAUGAAUUUCUUGAAUUAAGAGGAUCAAUAGUUGAACCAAUUAUUUACAUAACUGGUGCACCACCAAGUGACAACUGUCCUGUUUUGGAAAAAUGGGAGCCAUCAAUCACUGAUAGUAUUGGAUCAUUUAAACAGGUGAAGGAAAUAUUGAACUUUGUUGAGUUUAGAACUGGUAGACCCAAUGCUGAAACGAUUGUUUCACAAGAAAUAAACGAAGCCAACGGUUCAAUAGCUUUUGUUACUUGUGGUACACCAUAUUUGGUGGAUGAUGCAAGAGCAGCUAUUAUCAAGUCCUUGAAAACAUGUACUUCAAAAAGAAUAGAAUAUUUUGAAGAUUUCCAGGAAUGGUAG